UAUAAAUAACCUACAUUUGUGUGGCAAACACAUAUCCAAUUAGACCGGAGAAGAUCACGAAAACCACAUCUCAUUGUCUAGCCUGAGGUACACUGAGCUAGGUAGAACUAAUGGCGUCGUCUGCUCACGCAACCAUGUACGCGGAUCGGUUCCCGUCGGCUGAGUUGCAGCGGCGGCCGGCCGACUACCAGCUCAAAACCUGGGACUAUGACUCCAUUUGCUCCAUGCAGCAGCAGGCGCAACAAGACCACGAGCAUAGCAAGGAAAGCUCACUCCAAUCAAGCUUGAAGCAGAAAGUGAGGCGGCUUCUGCUCGAGGAGGAAGAAGAGCUGGCUACUAGGCUCAUAAUCAUGGAUCAACUGCAAAGUCUCGGUGUAGCGUACCAUUUCGAGGAGGAGAUCAGAAACAUCCUCAUGUCCAUGCAUGUCCAUGAUGCACACCAUCAACUCAAGCAUGACCUCUCAUCAACAGCACUGCUAUUUAGAAUGCUCAGAGGAUAUGGAAUCUCUGCGUCCACAGAUAUGUUGAGUGCAUUCAGGGAUGAGAAUGGUGAUUUCAAAGCAGCCAACCCCAAGGAUAUUGAUGGAUUCGUUGCACUCCAUGAGGCUUCCUACCUGGCCUUCCCAGGAGAGGCCAUGCUCGACGAAGCAAGAGCAUUCGCCGUCAAGAAACUCGAACAACUGAUGCCGUCCAUGUUCAUCUCCAUGGAAAGACAAAUAGACCUCCCACUGCAAUGGAGAGUUCCCAGGCUGCAGGCGAUAUGGUCGCUGCAACAACACGGGUACAACGACGAGAAGCACCUGAGUAUGGAUCCUUCAGUUCUUCAGCUGGCUGUGGUCGACUUCAACCUCGUGCAGGCCGUCCAUGGAGCAGAGCUCGUGGAGGUCACAAAAUGGUGGAAGGAGACCGGGUUGGGCGUGAAGCUACCGUUCGCGAGGGACCGUCUCGUGGAGUGCUUCUUCUGCGCGGCGUGCAUUGCGCCGGAACCCCCCCUGGCUAGCUGCCGCGAGGUGCUGGCCAAGGUGGGCUCCCUCAUCGUCCAUCUCGACGACGUCUACGACCUCUAUGGCACGUUCGACGAGCUGGCUGCCUUCACCGAUGCUGUCGGCAGCUGGGAUGACGAUGCUUUGUCGACGGCGCUGCCGGAGUACAUGAAGGCGAUGUACUCGGCCAUCAGGUCGACAUCGACGGAGGCAGCAGAUCGUGUGACCAAGGGCAAAGGAUACGAUGUGCUCCCGCUCUACAAGAAAGCAGUAAGACAAGAGGAGAUAGAUCCAUUGAUUUUCUUCUUCUUCUUUCGUUUGGGAUACCUAUGAGGAUCGAUGGAUUAACAUGCAUGUGGAUGCAUGCAUGCAUGCAGUGGCAUGAGCUGUGUAAGGCGUUCCUGAUAGAAGCCAAGUGGCAGCACGAGGGGCAGAUGCCAUGCUUGGAGGAGUACCUUGAGAACGGGUGGGUGACGUCCACGGGGCCUCUGCUGCUGCUCCACGCUUUCACCAUGCUCCAGCAGCAAGAGCAGAUUGAUUCAUGGCUGCGCAAUCACGACGACGGCAACGACAUGGUGUACCCCAAGCUGGUUGAGCUAUGUUCCAUGAUCUUUCGGCUCUGCAACGACUGUGCGACCUACGAGGCCGAGUAGGAGCGGGGCGAGGAGGCGUCGGCCAUCACCUGCCGCAUGGGCUGUGGCGCCAGCAAGGAAGACGCCCGGGCCGCGGUGGUGGACGCCAUUGCCGAGACUUGGAAGAAGGUGAACAGGGAGGUCGCCUUGAGCAGCAUCACCGGGACCGGGAGCGCCGCCAACCGCGUCUGCGUCAACCUGGCGAGGACCAUCCAAUGCAUCUAUCAGGACGGCGACGGCAUCACCUCGCCCAA